AUGCAACAAUCCUUGGGUCCAAAUUUCAAGCUGCAAGGUCAUGACACUAACUUGAACUUACCGAAUGAGAUAGCGGGUAACACUGAUGGAAGAGAGGAGGAAGUCGCCAGUCAUGGUGUAAGUGAUGUAGUUUACGACAACUGCCACCUGAAUCAGACUCCCUUCCUGCUGGUAAGAGAGCAUGAGACAAGCGAGGAGGAGUCGAUGGCUAGCCUCAAAGAGCGACUGCAAUGUGCGGAAUUAGGUUGUUUGAUGUUGGGAGAACUAUGUCAAAAGUACAGAGUUCGUUGGUUAGAGCAAAAUUACCGGGCAAUGGUAUUGGAAGAGUAUGCACCACCUGGGAUUGAUACUUGUUCUCCACGUCAGAUGACGUGGGAUACACCUUCUCCUAUCCAAAGCGAUGUCGAAGAUGAAUGGGAUGCAGAAACAUCGUAG